AGGCCGGCUCGCGCGAGGGAAGUCUCCGCCGGUGGCGUUUCCGGCCGCCGCUCGGAAAUCGGGCGGACUGAACCGGUCCUCAGCUGUCUGUUCGUCGACUCCACUAUGAGCGGGAGGUCGAGAACCUCAUGCGCCCUGCGGCUGUGGGCCCUGCUGCUCCUCCACGGAGCCGCGGUGACCUUGCCAGGCGGUAACCCCGAGUGCGGCCCGAAUGAGUACAAGCCUGAGGGUCUCCACCUGUGCUGCCAACAGUGUCCUGCCGGCUUUUAUGUCAGCAGGCACUGUGAUGUAAACCAUGGUGUUUCCAAAUGUAGUCCAUGUGAAUCCGAAAGCUUCCAGUCCCACCCAAACAGGGAGACCAGCUGCCGGCCAUGCACUAGGUGUCGGGCGGACCAGGAGAUGGUGGCUGAGUGCACACCGACCAGCGACCGGCAAUGCCAGUGCAAGUCGGGGACCCACUACUGCGACUCAGACAACUGCGUGGAGAAUUGCUUCCGGUGUCGAAGGUGUUCUGGACCUGUCAUUCGGCCCUGCAAUGCCACACACGAUACAGUCUGUGCCCCAGAAGCUGGUACGAGGGCACCAGGUAAGAGCCGGACGCCAUCUCUUCCUUCCAGGUCCGCAGACCUGCCCCGUGAAGGAAAAGAAUUACCGAAGGAUGUGUCUGUCCGUGGGCUCGUGUUAUCCUUCGUCCUCUUGGCCAUCUUCCUCAUUGUGGCUGUCCUCCUCAUGUACUGUCAUAAGAAGAAGGGUAUGCGGCCUUGCCGCUGGUUCUUCAGCGUCUGGAAAGGAAGGCCGGACGGACCUGACAGCGCUAUUGGCCAUCAGCACAGUGAGUCGCUGCUACCCCUGAAUCCUGAGACCGACGUGCCUGCCCCUGACAUGGAAAUGUCCUCGUCUUUUCGCUUGCUGGAGGAGGGGUGCUCAGCUGUGAAGCCCGAGGCUGGGCCCCACGCAGGCCCCUCAGAGGAGCCGGAGGAGGGCGCCGAGCCGGCGCGGGUGGCGCUCGGGGGGAGCCCCGCGGCCCCAGAGCAGGCGCUACAGACGGCAGCCCCGGCCGCCCCUGGCCCGCAGGACCACCCUGAGGUGGCCCCCUCCCUCAGGACCCUGGAGCAGGACUAUGAAGCUAAGUAUUUUGUAACAGAUACAUGGAAUGACGCCCGGACCUACUAUGAAUUUGAAAAAACGAUCUCUGAUAAACACUGGAAAACAUUUAUGAGGAUUCUCGGGCUGAAAGACAGUGACAUUGACAUUUGCGAAUGCCAAAACCCCGGCAAUGUGAUGGAGCAGCAUCACCAGAUGCUCCUUUUGUGGAGAACCCAGUUGGGAAGGGAAGCCUCUGUUUUUAAACUGUUCGCUGCCCUCCAUAAGAUGCAGCUACACAUGUACCUGGAAAAUAUUAUAAACGGGUUAGUUGCCGAAGGCAUCCUGGUCAGACGUUCGGAGACCUCAGAUGAAACUUUUGGCACGGGAUCAUGUCCUUGAGCGGGAUCCUGAAUGGCCGUGAUCUGACCUUCUUUCCCAGUUUGCAUCUUACUGGAAACUUCUGGAAUCCCUGAUGGGACUGUGCACAUUUUCUACAUAGAUCCCGCACAAAGUUGGCAAUGGGGAGGUCAGUUCUAGGUGCCAGCAAGAGUGCUUCCUGCGGGGCCAGACCAGCUGUGGGGACUGCCUGUGACCAAGGCGGCAGGGGUGGGCAGGAUCUGCGUGGAUCCCAGCGAGUCCUGAGGUGGUUGGGCAGGGAGCCAGGACUCUGCUGGCUGCACUCACGUUGCCCAGCCCUUUCCCCAGGCACUGAGGCUGGAGCCCUUUUUCUGCUCUGAUCAGUGCUUAGAUCUCGGAGAUCUGGGAUGUCCCCAUGACCUAGAACACGGUGUGCCUGUGACUGAGGUUCCCCUAUGUAAGUAGGAGUAACUUAAUGACUUGUUAUUAUGCUGUAUUUAUAAGUAUAGUUAAUAUAUUACAUUUUUUUCUGUAUUAAUAGUUUUUUUUAAAAAUAUCCUUUUACUAGAGAGAGUUUAAACAGGG